CCCAAAGUCCCUCUCGGAUUUGCGCCCUGCGCUGCAGGGACAGCCAAACUCCCCUGAGAGUUUGGGGCUUCUCGGAGAUUCGUUUUAUCGACUUUCUGUGCUCCCUCCCUCUGUGUUUUGUUUAAAAUUGUGACCCUGAGCCGGCGAGGGGAGCUCCCCCCUGUCCCCCGGUAGAGAGUUCUGUUUUGGGGGCCCUGUCUGGGUGGGGUGGAGUGCGGCCUUCCGGGCCAGUGGUCGCUGUGCCAGGACCUGCGCUUGGGGCGGGCGUUGAUUUCCCGGCACUUGGGAUUGGUUUGAGAUCAGGGCGGGAAUUGAGACCAAACUCCAGACGCGUCUCCCGGACAACGGCUUCGCGGCAGGGGCCUCCAGCCAGCCGCCAGGAUGUCAUCGGUGGGGAAGGUGACCCGGGUUCAGAAUGGAAAAGUCUACCAGCAGAUCUUCGAGGCGGAGGUGCAGCUGAUCCAGUCCCUGGCGAACACCAGGCAGCGGGCUGCAGAGCAUUCUGUGACCCUAAAGAGUGGCAAGACACCCAUGAUGAAGAAGACGGAGAUUCCUAAUGGAGAGAUGAUGACUCCUCGGCAGCGGAAGUGGGCGCACAGCCUCCCCAAUGACUGGAUCACAGAAAACCCUGUUCUUUACAGGGAAAAGGAAAUAGCCCACAAAGAAAAAGCCCGAGAGAGCGAGAGCACCACUGCCGCCCGAGAAGUGCGUGGGCUCACGGACAUUAUGGUUCCUGAGAAGAUAAAUACUGUCGCCCUCAAAGGGCAAGAAGACUACAAGAAAAGGAACUAUGAGAGCGCACUGGCGAGCUUUGAGGAGGAGAUUGUGCAGAUUGGGAUGGAAAUGGAACCUCUAAUUUUGGAGACAGGGAGACUUUUUUUGAAAAAACUAUCUGACUCUAAUGAAGACAUCAAUAAUCUCUUCAGAAAGGUGGAAGAUGACACCAGCUUUGAGGACUACACUAUGCAGACCCUGUCAGAGCUAUGGGAUAAGGUGGCCAAGACAUUCCGGCUCCAGAAGCAGAAGAUCAAGGGGCUGGAUAAAGAGCUGCACUCCCUGGAGUUCUCCCGAGCCAACAAACUAAAAACCGUGUUGAAGAAGUAUGCAAGAAUCAUAGAGAACACUUCCUACCUCAUGCAGCCUGAUGUGAACAGGCUGAUAGAUAAAGAAGCCAUGGUCAUGAACCAUGCCCUGCUGGGCAACCGGAGGGCCUUAGCCCAACUGUUCGUUAACCUGAUGGAGGCCACCCUGCAGGAGGAGCUGGACAGUCGCCGCCGCUGGCAGGGUCUGGUGAACGUCUGGAAGAAUUUCAAGAAGGAGACCUUGCUGCAAAGUUUCAGAGACUUCAUGGCCAGUGAGAAUAUCCAGUCUCCUCCAGCUGUGAAGAAGGAAAUGGAUGCCAUGCUGAAGACCCAGAGCAACAUGCAGCAGAAGAGGCUGGAGCAUCUCUGCACUAUUUGUGACCUCCUGCCCCCCAAUUACAGCAAGACUCAGUUGACUGAGUGGCAUUUAUCUCUCAAGGCCCUGAACAAGCAGCUUGACACCUACCACAUGGACUGCCUGAUGCGCAUCCACUUCCUGUACGAGAAGACCUGGGAGGAGUGCCUGACCCGCAUGCGGGACUGCAAGAAGCAGCUGCUGGACUGGAAAGUCUGCACCGAGGAGGAGGCUGAGACCCUGGUGAGCCAGUCCUUCUUCCAGAUGAUAGGAGUGCUCCAAACCAAGGUGGAGGAGGAACUGGAGCUCUUGGACAAAUCCUUUGAGGCCCUGGCGAAGCAGACCGAGUGGCAAACCACAGAUCUCUUCAGCUACUUCAAGGAUGCAGUGGAGCUGUGGGAAGCUCACCAGACCAAGCUGUCCAUGCAGGAGCUGGAGCUGGAGAAGAGGAUGGAGCAGCAUCAACAGAAGUACAACCAGGAGAACCAGGCUCUGGAGUCCCACCUUGAUAAGCUGUUGGACCAACUGAGGCAACAGAGCCGUGAAGAAACACUGGCAUUUCACCUGGAAAAGGCCAAAGAUUUUCUGCAGACCAUGAAAUCCAGGUAUAAAUGUUUUCACGUGCUCCUGACGAGGGAAGUGAUGGAGUACCCAGUGAUCAUACUGAAAGAACUCAACUCCUACAGCUUCACCCUCAGCCAACACUUCUUCGUGCGUGAAAUCUUUGAACAGAACUUGGCUGGAGAAGUCAUUUUAAAAUUCAGGGAACCAGAAACACAUGAAAAGAAAUUCCAGAAGACAAUUAGAAGACCGAAGAAAAUGCCAAAGACUAAAGUGGAAGUAAGCAAAAGCGAGGAAAGCAUAAGCAGAGGGACAACUUAUGCCAGGUCAGCAGAAGAAAGGACAGAAGAAAAAGAUCAAGAAUCAGCGUCCUCCAUGACUAAAGAGGUCCUGAGCCAGCAGGAAAAGUCUGCACUGAGUGAUGAGAUGGAUGAGUCUAAACGGGGCUCUAUUCAAGGAUCGGAUGAAAUGCAGGUUGAAAUAGAGAGCUCUUUGAAAUCAUCUCUGAACCAGGAAAAAGUGAUGGUUCAAGGAGAGAAGGAGGAGGAGGAGGCAGACAAGGAGGAGAAGGAGGAAGAGGAAAAAGAUGAAGAGGAGAGGGGGGAAGAGGAGAAGGAUGACGAGGAGGAGAGGGAUGAGGAAGAGGAGAAGGAUGAGGAGAAGGAUGAGGAGGACAAGGAUGAGGAAGAGGAGAAGGAUGAGGAGAAGGAUGAGGAGGACAAGGAUGAGGAAGAGGAGGAAGAAGAGGAGGAGGAGGAGGAAGAGAAGAGGGAAGAGAAGGAGGAAGAGGAGGAGGACCAGCAGAAGGAGGAGGAGGAUGAAGACAAUGAAGAGAGUCUAGAGGAGAUAUACUAUGAGGACAUGGAGUUCUUCCAAACCUCUGGUGGAAACACGUAUUUUGUCUUCGUGUCCCUGGAAAAAGAAGAGCUUAGCGGGAAGCCCCCCACCAACUUCUCAGUCUUGCUCAUCAAAAACACUUCCAGUGCCAACUUCAUAGAACAAGCAAUAAUUCCAUCCAAACUCAUUUUAGAAAUUAAGAAACAACUUCGAGCUGGCUUUUUUGAACACAUGGAGAAGUGGUUUGACCAAUGUACCCUCAAAGCACAGAUCAUUGUGGCCACGAAGAUUGAUGAGCUGGAUUCAGAACUGGAGCUGCGCCUGCACCUGCACCAGCCAAGAGCCCAGAACAUUGAAAGGGACAUCCACAACGUCAGGGCAGCUGAACUGUUGCUUCAUCAAGAGCGGUUGGACAGCCACUGUGGCGGUGUGAUUGAGACCCUGAAGAAGGAGAGGCUGAUGUUCUGCCAGUUCCAAGAAGAGCAAAACGCGAGGAGCAAAAACUUCCGCCACAAGAUUUACGACAUGGAGCACAACUUCUUGAAUGCCACCAAGAGCCAGAAGCUGGUCAUUCUCACCAGCGCACUGCACCAUGAGCUGCUUAGCUACGUCGAUGUCACCCAGGUAUCCCUACGCAGCUUCCGGCAGUACUUGGAAGAGAGUUUGGGCAAAGUCCGCUGCACAAACAUCGAGUUUGUCAAAAACUGCAGAUUGUUUUCUGAGGGAGGCAACUUUUCUCCUGAAGAGAUUAACUCACUGUGUCGUCGCCUAGAGAAGGAAGCUGCUCGGAUAGAGUUUGUUGAAAGCUUAAUCAUGCUCUAUAUGGAGAAGAUGGAGAAUGAGUACCUGGACCAGGCCAAUGAUGUCAUCAACAAAUUUGAAAGUAAAUUCCAUAACUUGUCUGCGGACCUUAUUUUCAUAGAGAAAAUCCAGCGGUUGCUGACCAAUCUGCAGGUGAACAUCAAGUGCCAGGUGGCAAAAUCCAAUUCGCAAACAGAUCAAUUAAAUUCUUUUCUGGAACAGCUUCAGCAAAAGAUAGAAAUUUGUCGAGACCCAAAGAGUGACAAAACAGUGGCGCACACAGAUGGACUCCUCACCUUUGUCCGAAUGUGGAAAGAAAAACUGAGCCAGAGGAUUCAGUACCUCAACUGCAGCCUGGACAUGGUGUCUCAAGUGGAUUUUACUGACCCCAUCUUAACUGACAUGGAGGAGGAGAGUGACAUCAUGGUAUAUUCAGAAGCACAAGAAGAGGAAGGCAAGGUAGACCUGGUCACCCCUGAGUCCUUUGCCCAGCCGAGCCGCAUAGGGAAGCCCAUGACUGAAGACCCAGUUGUGGAGGUGGUCAAGAAGAUCCUGCAACAUCCUAGUUCAAAAUGGCCAGCCCAGAACAGUGACAAAGAUCGAUUCCAGACAGGCCUGAAGCGUCAUCGGGGUCGGCCGGACAGCUCUGGGAGGAAGCCCAUGCCCAGUGGCAGCACCACUUCUGCAGUUAGCCUCCGGAGCACAGACCCACCUUUGUCCCACAGCUUCACAAGGCACUGCAAGCCCAACAGACUGGACAGAAAGUACCAGGUGCUUGGGGAUAAACCACCUCAACCGGGGGAGAAUUUUAAAGCAAUUAUCCUGACCCUCCUCUGGGACAGCAAUGAGCACCUGCUGGCCAUCGCAGAGGAAUUUUACCGCAAAGAGAAGCACCCAGUAACCAGACCGGAGUGCAUGUAUGAAACCUUCGACCAGUGCGCUGACAGCAUCUGCAAGAAGAUCCUGGAGUACCAGAGCCAGGCCGAGGAGUACCACAACUCCUGCCUCCUGGAAUUACGGGCCCAGACGAGAAGAUUUGAGGAGAUGCUGCCCCAAGUCUGUUGGCUGGUGAUGGAGAAUUUCAAGGACCAACACUGGAAAAAAUUUUGCUCCUCCAUGAAAGAGAUGAGAGGACACUUUGAGGAACAGCAGAAGCAGCUGGAGAAAAGAAAGGAUAAAAAUGCUCAGAAGCUCCACCCAAAUCUUGGACACCCUAUACAUUCCCGAGAAAUAAAGUCUCUACAAUUAGCAGAAGAGGAAAGGCAGAAAGAGCUGGAUAACGUGAUUAGUGUAAACAGAGAGAAGUUGGAGGAAUUUACCAGGAAGUAUGGCCGGUUUUUCAUAGGCAACUUGGCCACCUUCACUGAGAAGUUCCUGCUGCAGUUGGAUGAAGUGGUCACCAUCGAUGAUGUCCAGGUUGCAAGGAUGGAACCCACCAAGCAGAAAAUGUCAAUCCUCAUAAGGAGGAAGCUCACUGGGCUCUCCCUGGAGGAGGAGAGUGAGAAACCCCUGAUUGAACGUGGGAGCAGGAAGUGGCCAGGAAUCAGACCCACUGAAAUCACCAUUCAAAACAAGAUUCUUCUCCGGAAAACAGUGUCAGUAACGACCACGAAAACCACCCUGGGCCACCUGGCGACGGUGGAAGCCCGAGAUGCUGUGUACCUGCAAUAUUUAGCAUUAUUUGAGGAGGAGCUGAAGAGGAUCCAGAAGGACAGCAUGUCUCAGGUGAAGGAAGCACAGCGUUGGAAGGACAGCUGGGAGCGGUCCCUGCACACCAUCCAGGGCCUCUACUUGUGACACCUUCUACCCACGCCAAAUAAAAGCUCUUUUUA